AUGGUACUAAUAUAUAUAGUUAUUCAUUUCAGAUUAGAUUUAUUUUGUUGUAGAAUAGAUAGGGGAAGACAAGACUUUCAAAAUGGUAUGUCUAUUAUGAUGAUGCUGAGAAAGUAAAAUUGCAGAAUGAAGUUCAUCGAUUAAUAGUAUGUCGAGACACUAAGCACACUAACUUUUUGGAAGUACUUAGAGUUUCAUUAUAAUUAGUUCAGGAAUUAUAAAAUCAUCUACAAAAGAUACGCAGGAUUAUUCUUUGCUUUGUGUGUUGAUGUGAGUGAUAAUGAAUUAACAAUGCUAGAAUUGAUACAUUUGUAUGUUGAAGUAUUAGACAAAUACUUUGGAAAUGUUUGUGAAUUAGACAUAGUAUUCAACUUCAAUAAAGUAUAUUAAUGAAGCUACUAUUGUAAGGCAUAUUCUAUUUUGGAUGAAAUGAUUGUCGGCGGUGAAAUUGUUGAAACUUCAAAAUAAGUCAUAAUUAAUGCAGUCAAGAAUAUUGAAUUAUUAGAUUGA